AUGGGGCUGCCCCCGCCAGGGCUAUGGCUGAAGAGGCUCUGGGUCCUCUUUCAGGUGGCCCUGCAUGUGGCCAUAGGCAAAGUGCUCCUGAUGCUGUUUCCCAGGAGGGUCAAGCAGAACAUCCUGGCCAUGGGCGAGAAGACUGGCAUGACCAGGAACCCACACUUCUCCCAUGAAAACUGGAUCCCUACCUUCUUCAGUGCCCAGUAUUUCUGGUUUAUCCUGAAGGUCCGUUGGCAGCGACUGGAGGACAUGACUGAACAAGGGGGUCUGGCCCCAAACUCCCCUGUAGUCUGCCUGUCAGGAGAGAGGUGCAGCAUCUGGGACUUCAUGCAAGAUGGCUGGGCUUUUAAGAACAACGUGGACAUCAAGAGUCACCGGAAUCUCCAGGACCGCCUGCGGGCAGCCCGCCUGCUGCUGGACAGGAGCCCCCAGUGCCCCGUGGUGGUGGACACAAUGAAGGACCAGAGCAGUUCAUGCUACGCGGCUCUGCCAGAGCGGCUCUAUGUGCUCCAGGAGGGCAGGAUCCUGUACAAGGGUAAACCUGGUCCUUGGAACUACAAUCCAGAGGAAGUUCGUGCUGUUCUGGAAAAGCUCCACAGUUAA